AUGGAGAAGCAACAGGAUACUAUUCAAGCAAGUGCACCACCGGGGCAAGGACCUCCAUAUAUGCAGCAACCACCAGGACAAGGACCUCCAUAUAUGCAACAACCACAAAUGAUGCAGCCUCAACAACCUUAUCAGCAACCACCAGGACAAGGACCUCCAUAUAUGCAGCAACCACAAAUGAUGCAGCCUCAACAACCUUAUCAGCAGCAAUCCAAUCAGGGUGCUUAUCCAGGACAACAUGGACCUCUAGCACACGGCGAAGUCCCUACCAUGCAGCCUUAUACUGGUGGAAACAUUGUCUGUCCAUUCUGCCAUCAAAGCGUACAGCCUAUCAAUCGUACAUUUGUAAACUAUGGUAAAUCCACUAAACCAAAACCAUUAUUGUAA